UUUUCAAAAAAUGAGCCAUGUUUAAGACCUCUGCCAAAGGGAAUGAAGAUCGAUUUAACUAUAUACUUAACGCUGAUACACUUUGAAUUCAGACCAACAGAUGGGAACUUUCAUUUCGUGGGUCAUUUAGAUGUGAGUUGGAUGCAUACGAAACUGAAAUGGAAUCCCACGCAGUACGGAAACAUAACGCAUGUAUUGGUGGGACAAAAUCUAGUUUGGGUUCCAGAUUUAGAAUUGUAUAACAAUGCACCUAACAAAAUGAUCAGUAUGCAUAAAAAAGGAGUGAUUACAUUAGCCCAUGACGGCAGGAUCGAUUGGAUGGACACUAUAGAUAUGAGCAUAUUUUGCACUGGAAACAUGCAGGAAUAUCCAUUGGACAGCCACAGUUGUAACCUAACUAUGGGUUCCUGGACAUAUGAUGGCCUAGACAUAGAUAUAAAUAAGAAGGGCUUGAACAGAUCGAUAAAUUUUGAUCAAAUUGAUCAAACCAACAUGGGAUACAAAGUUACAAAUUUUACUGCCAUGUACGUUUCUACAUUAUAUUCAUGCUGCACAGAGCCAUACAUUACUAUAAACUAUUCAAUUCAAUUGGAACGAAAUACAAAUAUGGUUGUAAUAUUCCGGGCAUCCGCAAUAUGUGUUAUUGUACUGGGACUUCUUUCCUCCAUUGAGAGCAUUGAGCUCCGGCAAAAAAUUUUAGUAGCUGCAAUUGCGUAUUUUACCAUCUUCCUCCAUUUGCAGCACUUUACGAAAACCAUUGGCCAACACAGCCGCAUAACACCGUCUAUUGUUAAAUUCUACGCCUACAGUUUGGUUAUCAUAACAUUUACGACAAUAAUGUCUGUAAGGUCGAAAGGUCGAAUUCUAUCAUCUGAACGUACUAUUUACUUUUCUCUCCGUGGUAAACGUUUAUCAUUUAUUUUUGCAAUAGCUUUGUACUUUUUAUGUUUUUUAAUUUAUCAUGUGUAA